UCUAUGUAAACUGUAUGAGAAUCCAUUAAUGCCAUUCCAUCUCCCCCUCUCCUCCGCCUCCGCCUCCGCCUCCUCCCUCAUCUUCAGUUGCAGAGAAGAAGAAGAAGAAGAAUGAGGCAGCUUUACAUCCGAAGCCGAGGUCUCAGACGCCUCCUCUCCUCCAUCGGAAGGAGUAGGAGCAAGGAAGAAAAGUGCAAGGAGGAGGACGCCUCCGCCUCCCCUGUUCCCGAGCCGCUCGACGAGAAACCGCCGGCCAAACCGAGCUGGAGAUGCUUCUCCUACGAAGAAAUCUACAAGGCAACCGACGGUUUCCACAAAGAUAACCUGGUGGGCAGAGGCGGGCACUCGGAGGUGUACCGGGGCGUGGCGGCGGAUGGGCAGGCGAUCGCCGUCAAGACUCUGAUGCGGGAUUCGUCGGACGAGCAGAGGGAGAAGGAUUUCCUGACUGAGCUCGGCACCGUCGGCCACGUCCGCCACCCCAACGUCUCCUCCCUCCUCGGCUUCUGCAUCGACCGCGACGAAGACCUCCACCUGAUCUUCGAGUUCUCUUCUCGCGGCUCUGUCUCCUCCAAUCUCCACGAUGAAAAUUCACCGCCGAUGCCUUGGAAACUGAGGUACAGCAUAGCGUCCGGCGCCGCCAGGGGACUUCAUUACCUGCACAAGCAAUGCCGUAGAAGGAUCAUCCACAGAGACAUCAAGGCCUCCAACAUCCUCCUCACCACGAAUUUCGAAGCUCAGAUUUCAGAUUUCGGCCUCGCUAAAUGGCUCCCCUCCCAGUGGACUUACCGCGCCGUCGGCCCGAUCGAAGGCACAUUCGGGUGCUUGGCGCCGGAGUACUUCACGCACGGCAUCGUAGACGAGAAGACCGACGUCUUCUCCUUUGGCGUGUUUCUGCUAGAGCUCACAUCGGGAAGGAAGCCGGUCGACGGCUCUCACAGAAGCUUGCUCAGCUGGGCAAGGCCCUUCGUGAAGGAUGAUUCCACAAUUCAAAUGCUGGUCGAUCCAAGAUUAGCAGAUGAUUACGACGUGGAGCAGCUCAAAAGGCUCACCUUUUCAGCUGGCCUUUGUAUCAGAGCUAAUGCAGCUCUGCGACCUUCCAUGACUGAGGUAAUGGAGAUCUUGGAAGGUGGCGAGAUUUCACAAGAUCGAUGGAACAUGCCUGAGGAAGAGGAGGAAGAGUUUUGGGGCUUCGAUGAUCUUGAUGACGACGACAGUGAUUGUCAUACUGCAUCUGCGAAGUCAACUGGAAGUUAGGGAACACAAUUUUAGUAGUACUGAUGUAGAUAGUCAUAGUUAGUAAUGUUGUAAGGUUGAUGCAUUAUCUUAAUUUGAGUCGAGGCCUUCGAUCACCAAAUGCAUGUCUGAUUGCUGUAAAGAAGGAAGAUUGAGGCUAGUGGAGCAGGAUGUAGUAGUCUCUUUUGGAUAGGAAAAUGGAGCAGUUUUGAUUUAAAA